AUGAUGGUUUUCUUGGGACUGCUCGCCUCCUUCCUUUCCUUCCUGUAUGUGAUAGCUCCAUCCAUCAGGAAGUUCUUUGCUGGUGGGGUGUGUAGAACAGACGUGCAGCUUCCUGGGAAGGUCGUGGUGAUCACUGGCGCCAACACCGGCAUCGGCAAGGAGACGGCUAGAGAGCUCGCUCGCAGAGGAGCCCGAGUAUACAUUGCCUGCCGAGAUGUACUCAAGGGGGAGUCUGCUGCCAGCGAAAUCCGAGCUGAUACCAAGAACUCCCAGGUGCUGGUGCGGAAACUGGACCUAUCAGAUACCAAAUCCAUCAGAGCCUUUGCUGAGGGCUUUCUGGCAGAGGAAAAGCAGCUCCAUAUUCUGAUCAACAAUGCAGGAGUGAUGAUGUGUCCGUAUUCCAAGACAGCUGAUGGCUUUGAAACCCACCUGGGAGUCAACCACCUGGGCCACUUCCUUCUCACCCACUUGCUCCUGGAGCGGCUGAAGGAGUCUGCUCCUGCACGGGUGGUGAACCUGUCAUCAGUGGUCCACAUUGCUGGCAAGAUUCGCUUCCACGACCUGCAGGGUGAGAAGCGCUACAGCCGAGGUUUUGCUUACUGUCACAGCAAGUUGGCCAAUGUGCUUUUUACUCGUGAGCUGGCCAAAAAGCUCCAAGGCACAGGGGUCACCACCUACUCGGUGCACCCGGGCAUCGUCCGCUCCGAGCUGGUCCGCCACUCCUUCCUGAUGUGCCUGCUCUGGCGGCUCUUCUCCCCCUUCCUCAAGUCAGCGCGGGAGGGGGCCCAGACCAGCCUGCACUGCGCCCUGGCCGAGGGCCUGGAGCCCCAGAGCGGCAAGUACUUCAGUGACUGCAAGAAGGCCUGGGUGUCUCCCAGGGCCCGAAACAACAAAACCGCUGAGCGUCUGUGGGCCGUCAGCUGUGAGCUUCUAGGAAUUCAGUGGAAGUAG